AUGCAAAAUUCAGCACAGGAGUUUUGUUCAUUUUGCUUAAAAUCAAGGAAUGAAGUCGAUAUUAUAGACACAACAAAAAAUUCACUGCUAAUAGACAACAAGUGCUAUGAGUUUUCGUACAUUUUCAAUGAUUUACUUCAAUUUACUAGCUCUGAUGAGUGUAUAUGCGAAAUGUGUAAAGAUUUGAUGGUCAGCUUUUAUCUGUUCAAGAGAAACAUAAAAUUUCCACAUAAUCACAUCUUUAGAAUGCUGAUAAAAAAUCAAAUUGAAGAGUACCUGAAUACUUUCGUUGAUAAUAUAGAAGAUAUAAAGGUAAUAAGGACGGUUAAUGCUAUAACAUUGGAAAUACAGCAAAAUGAAAUUAAGAUUGAGAACAAACCUGACAUAAGCGAAGAAGUGGAGGAACAAGAAUACGAAGAAAAUGCAACAACUGAGGAAAUGGGAUAUGAAACAUUAAUUAAUUACCACUGCCCUAAAUGUGAAACAAUUGAGCCCACCGAAAAUGAUUCUGAAAUUCACGAGUUUUUAAGGCAUUCAACCUUUGGAGCUCAACUGGAGGUUGAAAUUGAAAACUCGAAAGUAUACAGUGAAUCGACAGACAUCGAGGAUACGUUUUAUGUCUGCGGAUUUUGUACCUCACACCUUGAAAGUUUUGAUUUAUUGCUGCUCCACUUGUUGAAUGUCCACAACCCAGAAGUUUUGUUUCAAAUAAAUGAAGCAUUGAACAUUCCAUCACAUCUUAUCGAAUUCCCAACAAUUAACGGUUAUCUUAAUUAUAUUAAAGAAUGUCUACAUCACGAUAAUAAAAUGACAAACUCAGUCGAUUAUGAACUCAAAAAAUAUUUUUAUGAAGUCUAUGGAGAAAUGGAUGAGAUGAGUAAUGCUUCAGAAAAGGAUAUGCAGGAACAAGAGAUUGAAAUUAGUGAAAUGAAUGGAGCAAUUACUGAAUAUGAUGACAAUAAAAUUAAGAAGGAUAAGCAGGAGAAGUUAACCGAAGACUUGAGUUUAAAUGAUAAAGAAUGGGUACGGAAUCAAAUCACGAAAAGCAAGCGUUAUGUUAAUACAGAAACUGGUGAAAAACGAGUCGUUUAUCAAUGUGAUUUAUCAGAUUCUUGCAGGCAUAUCUCAAAUUCAGCACCUGGACUUCGAUAUCAUUUAAUUAAUAAACAUUUGAAACAUAGAAAAGAGUUUGAGGAUCGAAAACGCCGUGACUCUAAUGAGCUUAUUGAAACAUACCCAUACAUUACCAAAAAUUCUAGUAAAAAUUGCUGCAAUGACUGUGGUUUAAAGUUCAAAGAUCAACGUGCUUAUCAGUUACACGAACGGUGCCAUGAACUUUUCAAAACCGUCGCUAAUCAUUCAGAUUCAAUAUUUCCUUCCUGCAAUACAUGCAAUCAAAAAUUUUUAAAUGAAGAUCUCUUACAGCACCAUUUGAAUAAGCAUGAUAAGAAUGAAAACUUAUCGGAAGCUAUUGAAACAGAAAUUGGUGCAAUUAGACAGCAAGGAAAAAUCUUUACUAAUUUUAUUCGAUCUGAUGGAGAGACAGGCCUGACAGAUUAUACAUGGAAAUGUGGACAUUGUGACAGUAAGAAUUUUUCGAAGGAAGAAAAUUGCAAUCUGCAUCUACUUUUAGUUCAUACAGUGUCAUUUGUAUGUCCAAUUGAUAAAAUGGAAUUUAAAGGCUUCAAAUCAGUUUCACUUUUUAUUCAUCAUUUGAGAAAUAAGCACUCAGAAUUAUUCCCUAAUUUAUCAUUUAAUUGCACGUUCUGUCAAAGGGAAUUCCCAACAAUUUAUGAUAAAUUAAAUCACAUGAAAAAUUGUGAUCGUAAGAACUUACAGUGUGAUCAUUGUGGCAAGAGGUUCUGGAAAAAAGGAGACUUGUUGACACAUUUAAAGUACGUGACUGGCGAGGUACAAUUCAAAUGCUCUGUCUGUACCAAAAAAUGCAUCUCGGCUAGCGACUUGAGUAUUCAUCUUCGAUCUCACAGUAAAAUUAAGCCAUACAAAUGCUCACUAUGUACAAAAAGCUUCCGUACUUUGGCAGCAAGAGCCGCACAUGUAGAUGCACACAACGCGAAUUUGAUGUUUUCAUGCGAGAUCUGUAAAAAAUCAUUUAAGCAACGACAACUUUAUCGUCGACAUAUGAAGGCACAUGAAAGUAAAGGUGACAUAAGUAGAUAA